CUUUUCCUUGAGCACUUCUUUCUAUAUUAUACUAUGCUCUCUUUAAAAAAGCCCUAAAUGUAAAUUAUUGUUGAUUUAAUCAUUGAAGUAUCUAUUAUGAGGGUCACUUUAGGGCUUUACAGAUUUGUUGGAGUUAGAAUGCUACAAAAUAACUUGAAUUGAGCUUGUUUAGUUCAAUAACGAACUGAAAGAGGAAAGUUGAGUGAGGGAAAAAGGCAAGAGGUGUGAGUAACACUUGAGAGAAGAGCCAAGUUCUACAGUGUGCAAAACAUGAGUGUUGAGUGCCAUUCUAUGAAAGAGUGGAGUGAAACACGUAAGGGAGUGUUGUGAGGUCCUUUUAUUCUUUUGUUUCUAACAUUCGUUGCAAGUUUCAAUCAUGCCAAGCGGUGAUGACAAAUCAACCACUAAAGGACACCAUGUGGAUGAAUCUCUCAUGCUCAAAGCAAUGCAACAACAAUUUCAGAGGUUGGACAUCAUGUUUGGUGAGAUUAGAGACAAAAUGGAGAAGCACGAUGCAGCUCUAGCCAAUUUAUAUCAAAUACAUAAUGGAAGUCUGAAUUUGCAUAGGAAUGAUGCUAAUGAUGAUCUCAAUGACGAUUAUGAAGAUGCAUUCAACAAUGAUGCCCAAAACUCAAAUUUCAGCAUGGACAAAUUUAUGAGAGGUAGAGGGGGUCAAAAAACAACGGUGGAAUUUAUUGAUUAUGAUGUGGUGUGGUGGGAUCAACUUUUGCUUAGUCGACAUAGAAAUCGAAAGUGUCCUGUUGACACUUGGGAAAAGAUGAAAGCUGUGAUGAGAAAACAAUUUGUUCCUAGUCACUACUAUAGUGAUCUCUAUCAACGAUUGGGAGGCCUUACUCAAGGGUCCAAAAGCAUUGAGGAUGAUCACAAAGAGAUGGAAAUCACAAUGGUUAGAGCGAAUGUGGAAGAGGACAGAGAAGCAACUAUGGCAAGGUUUCUACAUGGCUUAAAUCGUGAUAUAGCUAAUGUGGUGGAGUUACAAUAUUAUGUGGAAUUAGAAGAUAUGGUGCAUAUGGCGAUGAAAGUAGAAUGACAACUCAAGCAUAAAGGAGCCAACACCAAAAUUGGGCAAAAUUCAGGUUCCUCAUCUUCUUGGAAACUAAAUUGGAGCAAAAAAAAAAGAAAAUUAUGCUUUUAAG